GGGUUUUCGGUACCCCUUCCCCGCCGGCGCUUCCUCCCGCGACUCCUCCUCGCCCAUGGCCUCCGGAGCCCUGGAGGCCGCGGAGCCCGAAGGGGCGGCGGCUCCUUCCCCCCGUCGAGGGCAAGGAGGAGGAGCUCCCCGAGAAAUUAGAGGCGGAGGAGGCGGAGCAAGAGGACCGAGAGAUCGCCGCUCCGGAGGAGGAGGCCGAGGCUUCCGACGAGGAGGCUCGGCUCGGCUCCGCUGGUCGCCGCCGAGGCACCCCCCCCCCCCCCCCGCCGGCUGCUUCGCCGCCGAGAGGCCAUGCCCGUGAUGUCCAUAUCCUGAGCUGCGGUUUCUUGCUCAUCUUCUUGGCCUACGGUGCUGCUCGGAAUCUCGAGAGCACCGUGAACACCGCGGAUAAUUUGGGCACGAUCUCGCUUGGGAUACUGCACGUGUCCUUCACAUUCUUCUCCUCGGUGGCUUCUUUGGCGGUUCGUUCAUUGGGUCCCAAAAAUGCUAUUCUUCUUGGGACUACUGGGUACACAAUGGUUCCAGUUUGUUUAUAUCUUGGGUUUGCUGCGUCAAUAAUAUGGGUUGGGCAGGGGACAUAUCUCACCUCUACUGCACGUACUCAUGCAAAAGAUUGCAGCUUACAUGAAGGAACAAUUAUUGGUGCCUUCAAUGGAGAAUUUUGGGGAAUGUUUGCCAGUCAUCAGGUUGUUGGGAUUCUAGUAUCGCUAGCGGUUUUGAGAGAGGAAACGGACGGGAGUGCAAGCGGAACGAAAUUACUGUUCAUUGUGUUUCUUUGCAGUAUGACCUUCGGCACCAUACUUAUGUGUUUCUUGAGAAAAAGAGACAGUAGAGAAGAAAGAGCUUCCCCAGAAUACCCUGCUAGUUUCCAUUCUUCUCUGGUGUCUCUAUCAAAGUCUGUGAUUACUCCUUUGUUUGACGUACGAAUGCUUCUGAUAAUCCUGCUGAUUGCAUAUUCAGGGCUGCAGCAAGCAUUUGUUUGGAGAAAGCAGAGCAGGCGCAAGAUUGGAAGUAUCUUUUCAUAUCUAUCGGGGAUAAGCUUUGCUUCAGCAUCUUUUGUGCCAGAAAUGCAGUUGGCCCAAUAUGUUCUUGCCCUGGAAAGAAUUGCCACCCUGAGGUUGCUUAAGCAGGUGCUUUAAAGUGCUCGAGAUUAUUUAUU